AAAAAAUAAACAUACCCUUAAUGCUACAUUGACAUUUUACAAAAAAUAUUUUUCUACAUUUUUAUAAAAACAGCAAAGAAAAACGUUCCAGUAAUGAGUUUCAGCGACCAUUUAACCCGCAUAGAGUCGGUCAGAUAUGUGAAAAAAUCGAACAAAGCACCGCAGGACACUUCCUCCGUCGAGGACUUCAAAACGCCGCUGGCCGAACAAAUUCCCGAUCACUACGCUGCCAGCGUGCCCGAUCACAUCCCCAAAAUAACGAUCCACGACAUUCCCACCGUCAGAAAAAUCGGAGUCAAAGAGACUAUAAAAAUUUUAGCGAAACUGUUCGAUUGCAAUUACUACACUUGCAAUUACCCCCAAUUCUGGUUUCUCGAUUUCAUCACUGACUGCUUGUGGAAGGUACAAGACGAGUUCCAGUUUCCCGUGGAACAACAGAUUAUUAUUCUCGAAUGGAUAUUGUACAUAUUUAAUUUAAUAAGAGCUCCGCGCUUGAACUUAUCGAGAAGUAAGUUCUUCCAGAUAUUCGAGGAGAUAUUGAAAGUGGCCGAGGAGCACAUAGAAUCUGGGUGCGAGUUUCUACCGCUUCCUGAUGAGCUAGUUUCUCUAAAAGAAGACACCCAGGCUAAGACCGAAGACAUCAGCAUCGAGUCUUCGAGUAGUUCUCUGGAAGUGUUUCCUAAAGAAUUGAAAAAGAACAGUUAUCUAGCCGUUGAACUGGACGAUGGCACUAGAUAUUUCGAAAUGCCCAGCAAAAUUUUCCCUUGGGACACCGACGACGACCGGUUGAGUUCGACCGUGGAGACCGUAUCAGAAAACGAAAUUAAAUUCAUAAAAGACGAAAGUAUAGAGAAUAUCAUGGAGCACCAAAACGAGAAAGAGUUGGAGGAAAUGGACGAUGAAAUAUUCGAAAGUUUCUACAAACCAGAUUCAGCCACACCAUCAAGAUUCGGUGGAUCGGAUGAUUCCUCGGAGAGCGAUUCUUUGUCCAUUUCUUACGAAAGCGAAAACGCAGAAGAAGAUGAAGACGAAGAUGUUGAAACAGAGCGACCAACUUGGAUUAUAACAAAAACCAAGGCUUCAGAACCCUGCCCUGCAACUACAUAUGAGCCGCACACGGGAAAUAAAGUGAAAACUGGUAAAGAAAAGGAAGAAGAAGCAAUUCAAGCAUGGUAUGAUUACCAUCUGUGGCAAUUCAGGAAAAGGGCUCUCGAUGAUUCUAAAGUAGGUCUGGCCCCGUCCGAGGAGAAUAUCGAGCGCAAGAAAUUUCAGGAAAAGAUGCAAAUAGAAUCGCAAGUAGAGUCUCAAACCGGCAUUCAACACAAGCUGUGGGAAUACGUGAAUUCCGUGAAGGAUCAAAUGACGGAAUACAAAGAAAAUCGAUUUGUCAAUACGUGCGUUUUAAUGGCCAUCAAGGAUAUAGUUUAUAAUUAUUUUUAUGACUCGUUCCAGUUUAGCGUGGUAUCGUUGACCCAUCGUUAUUCCCACGUACUAAUCACUCAACGAUUGAACACGCAUUUACCUUUUCCAAAAAUGAGUUAUGGAUUAGUAUCGCGACCUCAACCAGCUACGAAAACUGUUAAAAGACGAGAAUCCAGUGACUCUCUGGCAGGAAAAGAAAAAAAGCACAUAGAAAUAAUCAAUUGGAGCGACGAGAAUAUUCUCUUUCCGUUGAACAAUGCUGUGAAUCAAGACUUUUUCCACAAUUUAUUUCCAGCAAAAGCAAAACAAAAAAAAAAUUAGUUGCACAAUAAUUUAUUUAUUAAAACAAUAAUUGCACAAUUUAGAUAAUGUGAUUUAAUUGUUUUCUG